AUGGCGAGCGCGAAUGGCUGGAAGUGUCUAUCACGGCCCUCUCGACGGCUUCUCGUGCCUCUAUUCCCGGCACCAUCCUCGUCCUCGCCCACGGCCGCGUUCAGCACCUCGCUACCGAGACGGGCCGGCCCGCCGAAACCGCCAGAAGGAGGAUCAUCGAGACACGUCCGUAUUGGCAAGCAGUUGAGCCUAGGGAGUAAGAAGAACCGACAGCCCGACAAGUUCAAGCCGCCGUUACCGGGGGAGCGAAAGGCCUUCCGAAAGCGCAUCCAGCUCAGCAACAACAAUGCCUUGGAAGUGCCGGGCCUCGAGGAGCUGACGGCCGAGAAUAUCGUGGACUUCAAUUCUGUCGGCAAGGUGGCCCGUCUCUCGGACGCCGUGAUCGACGGCUUGAGGGCCGUCGAAGCUUUCAAGCCGACGCAGACAUGGAAUUUGUUCAGGUCACCGCAUACCCUGAUCAGGCAUGAGACGGUGGAUCUGGUGAGGCAACUUUCAGACGCCAUCAGCAAGCAAGAGACGCUGAGGCUGGUUAUUACUGGGGACAGAGCCUGCGGGAAGAGUAUGCUCGGCUUACAGGCCCUGGCGGCGGGGCUCAUGAAUCAAUGGGUCGUUAUUAACAUCCCCGAGGCGCAAGAAUUAACCACGCAAGCGACGGAAUAUUCGACGAUCCCUCACUCCGAGCAGUACUCCCAGCCCAUGUACAUCAUCAAACUCUUCCAGGCCAUCGAUAAGGCCAACCACCACAUCCUAUCCGGUUUCAGGGUCGAGCUGGACCACAUACACCUGCCCGUGACCGUAGCGCGUGGCUCGAGUCUCUCCUCCCUCCUGACGGUGACGAGAGAGCCCGAAUUCGCGUGGCCCGUAUUCCAGGCCUUCUGGAAGGAACUCACGCUCCCGGGGCGGCCGCCGAUCCUGUUCACGCUGGACGGGCUGAGCCACAUCAUGCGCGUCAGCGACUACCGGUCGCCGGCCUUCGAGCUGAUCCACAGCCACGACCUGAGCCUGGUGCGGCUGUACACGGACGCGAUCGGCGGCGUGACCCGGUUCCCGAACGGCGCGGCGAUCGUCGGUGUCUGCACCAAGGGCAACGCGAUGCUGAACCCGUCGAUGGACAAGGCGCUCGAGCAGGCGGCCGCGGCGCAGGCCGGGCUGCCGCCCCCGCCGCGCGACCCCUUCUUCGCCAAGUACGACCAGCGCGUCUUCGACUCGCUGCAGACCGUCAAGGUGCUCAAGGUCCGCGGCGUCACCAAGCCCGAGGCCCGCUCGCUCAUGGAGUACUGGGCCGCUAGCGGCAUCCUGCGCCUGCGCGUCGACGAGAAGACCGUCAGCGAGAAGUGGACCCUCGCCGGCAGCGGCAUACUCGGCGAGAUGGAAAGGGUCGCCCUGUACGACAUGAGAAUGCCAUAG